UUAUGUAGGGGACGGAUACCAGCAACAAUAUGGCGACAGCCGCAGUUUCUCCCCAAUCUUUUCCACAUCUGCAGUCCAACAACGCCUUUCUGGAUUCUCUGUAACGGUGACAAAAGCAGCCGCCCGGCGGAUGGUUCAGACCCCAAGGACCCAAGUAGCUACAGGAUGAAAACAUGGCCGCACCCCUUCUCGCACCCCCAGGCCCUAACAGCAUCAAGGAGUUCACUUUGGAGUCUCUGGCGAACCUCGAGCUGCGCUUCAAGGAUGCGAAGAACAAGAAGCCUCCCCGGCAGGACAGCAGUUACCGCGACGAUGACGACGAGAACAAGCCCAAGCCCAACAGCGACCUGGAGGCCGGGAAGAGCCUGCCCUUCAUCUACGGGGAGAUCCCCAAAGGGCUGGUGGCGGUACCCCUGGAGGACCUUGACCCCUUCUACGCGGCCACUCAGAAAACGUUUAUAGUGCUAAACCGAGGGAAGACCAUCUUCCGGUUUAGUGCCAACCCUGCCUUGUACUUCAUAAGUCCUUUAAAUUUUGCUAGGCGAAUGUCUAUUAAAAUUUUGAUACACUCCCUUUUCAGCAUGAUCAUUAUGUGUACUAUUCUGACCAACUGUAUAUUCAUGACCUUUAGUGACCCUCCCGAGUGGUCAAAACAAGUAGAGUACACAUUCACUGGAAUUUAUACGUUUGAGUCCCUUGUAAAAAUCUGCGCGCGAGGAUUCUGUAUAGACGGUUUCACGUUCCUCAGAGACCCGUGGAACUGGUUGGAUUUCAUGGUCAUUUCUAUGGCAUAUAUAACAGAGUUUGUGGACCUGGGCAAUGUAUCUGCGCUGAGAACAUUCAGAGUUCUCCGAGCAUUGAAAACUAUCUCUGUCAUACCAGGCCUGAAGACCAUCGUGGGCGCCCUGAUCCAGUCGGUGAAGAAGCUGUCUGACGUGAUGAUCCUCACCGUGUUUCUGCCUGAGCGUGUUCGCCCUCAUCGGCCCUGCAGCUCUCAUGGGGAACCUGCGGCACAAAUGUGUGAUCUGGCCCCAUCAACGCCACCGAACAACUACCUGCCAACGGCAGCAGGGGCUUCGAGUGGAACGAGUACAUCAACAACGACACCAACUUCUACUUCCUGCCUGGCAGCCUGGAACGCUCUUCUCUGUGGGAACAGCUCUGACUCUGGCCGCUGCCCAGAGGGAUACACGUGCAUGAAAGCUGGGAGGAAUCCAAACUACGGCUACACCAGCUUCGACAGCUUCGGCUGGGCCUUCCUGGCUCUGUUCCGACUCAUGACGCAGGACUUCUGGGAGAACCUGUACAUGCUGACGCUGAGGGCCGCAGGGAAGACCUACAUGAUCUUCUUCGUGCUGGUGAUCUUCGUGGGCUCCUUCUACCUGGUCAACCUGAUCCUGGCCGUGGUGGCCAUGGCCUACGAGGAGCAGAACCAGGCCACCAUGGAGGAGGCUCUGCAGAAGGAGGAGGAGUUCAAGAACAUGCUGGAGCAGCUCAAGAGGCAGCAGGAGGACGCCCAGACCGCUGCCAUGGCGACCUCAGCGGGCACGGUGUCGGAGGACGCGGUGGAGGACGACGGCGGCGAGCACAUGUCCUGCAGCUCCUCGGACAUGUCCAAGCUGAGCUCCAAGAGCGCCAAGGAGCGGCGCAACCGCAAGAAGAAGUGGCGGCAGAAGGAGCAGGACAAGGAGAAGGGCGACAGCGAGAAGUUCGUCAAGUCCGAGUCCGACGAAGGCAGCAAGGGGAGGAGCCGCUUCCGUUUCCCCGACAACCGCCUGGGCCGCAAGUCUUCCAUCAUGAACCAGUCCCUGCUCAGCAUCCCCGGCUCGCCCUUCCUGUCGCGCCACAACAGCAAGAGCAGCAUCUUCAGCUUCAAGGGCCGCGGCAAGGACCCCGGCUCGGAGAACGAGUUCGCCGACGACGAGCACAGCACGGUGGAGGAGUGCGAGGAGCGCCGCGGCUCCCUGUUCAGCCCGUACCGCCGCAACAGCUACACGGGCUACCACGGCAAGCGCAACAGCACGGUGGACUGCAACGGCGUUGUGUCGCUGAUCGGGCCGGGCGGCCGACUCCCUGCCUGAGGUGAAAUAGAUAAGGCAGCCUCUGACGACAGUCCGACUACUGAGGUUGAGGUGAAGAAGAAGCUGUCGGGCUCCCUGAUGGUGUCUGUGGACCAGCUUAAUACCUCCUUUGGGCGGAAAGAGCGGGCAAACAGUGUUAUGAGCGUCAUCACCAACACACUAGUGGAGGAACUGGAGGAGUCCCAGAGAAGUUGUCCGCCCUGCUGGUAUAAGUUUUCUAACACCUUCCUGAUCUGGGAGUGCUCCCCCGCUUGGCUGAAGAUCAAGGAGAUCGUCAACCUCAUCGUCAUGGACCCCUUCGUGGACCUGGCCAUCACCAUAUGCAUCGUGCUCAACACGCUGUUCAUGGCCAUGGAGCACUACCCCAUGACCCCCCAGUUUGAGGGGGUGCUGUCUGUCGGCAAUCUGGUGUUCACCGGGAUCUUUGCAGUGGAAAUGUUUGCCAAGCUGGUGGCCAUGGACCCCUACUACUACUUCCAGGAGGGCUGGAACUGUUUUGACGGCUUCAUCGUGACGCUGAGUCUGGUGGAGCUGGCCCUGGCGGACGUAGAGGGCCUUUCGGUGCUGCGCUCCUUCCGAUUGCUGCGAGUCUUCAAGCUGGCCAAGUCGUGGCCCACCCUCAACAUGCUGAUCAAGAUCAUCGGCAACUCGGUGGGCGCCCUGGGGAACCUGACCCUGGUGCUGGCCAUCAUCGUCUUCAUCUUCGCCGUGGUGGGGAUGCAGCUCUUCGGCAAGAGCUACAAGGACUGCGUGUGCAAGAUCGCCGUGGACUGCAAGCUGCCGCGCUGGCACAUGAACGACUUCUUCCACUCAUUCCUCAUCGUGUUCCGCGUGCUGUGCGGCGAGUGGAUCGAGACCAUGUGGGACUGCAUGGAGGUGGCCGGCCAGGGCAUGUGCCUCAUCGUCUUCAUGAUGGUCAUGGUCAUCGGCAACCUGGUGGUUCUGAACCUCUUCCUUGCCUUGCUGCUGAGCUCGUUCAGCGCCGACAACCUGGCGGCGACGGACGACGACGGCGAGCUCAACAACCUGCAGAUCUCAGUGAUCCGCAUCAAGAAGGGCAUCGCCUGGUUCAAGGCCAAGGUGCGCGUGCUCAUGGCCAGCCUGCUGAAGAAGCCCCUGCAGACGGACGAGCAGAAGCCCCUGGACGACAUGUACGACAAGAAGCUCAACUGCAUCGCCAACCACACCGGCGUGGACAUCAACCGCGAGCUGGACUACGUCAAGAACGGCAACGGCACCACCAGCGGCAUCGGCAGCAGCGUGGGCAAGUACAUGAUCGACGAGGACCACAUGUCCUUCAUCCACAACCCCAACCUCACCGUGUGCGUGCCCAUCGCCGUGGGAGAGUCGGACUUCGAGAACCUCAACACGGAGGACUUCAGCAGCGAGUCGGAGAACGAGAACAGCAAAGAGAUGGACGACACCAGUUCGUCGGAGGGCAGCACCAUCGACAUCAAGCCAGAUGUUGUGGAGGAGGUUGUGGUGGAGACUGUGGAGGAGUACUUGGAUCCAGCUGCCUGUUGGACAGAUGCUUGCGUGGCGAAGUACAAGUGCUGUGACGUGCCCAUCACCCACGGGUGGGGCAAGCCCUGGUGGUUCCUGAGGAAGACCUGCUACCUGAUCGUGGAGCACAACUGGUUCGAGACCCUCAUCAUCUUCAUGAUCCUGCUCAGCAGUGGAGCCCUGGCCUUCGAGGACGUGUACAUCGAGCAAAGGAAGACCAUCCGGAUCGUUCUGGAGUACGCGGACAGGGUGUUCACCUACAUCUUCAUCCUGGAGAUGCUGCUGAAGUGGGUGGCCUACGGGUUUGUCAAGUACUUCACCAACGCCUGGUGUUGGUUGGACUUCUUCAUUGUGGAUGUGUCUAUAGUCAGCCUUGUAGCUAAUGCGCUGGGCUACUCCGAUCUAGGGCCCAUUAAAUCACUCAGGACACUAAGGGCCUUGAGACCCCUCAGAGCCUUGUCACGUUUUGAAGGGAUGAGGGUGGUAGUCAACGCGCUGGUGGGAGCCAUCCCCUCCAUUAUGAAUGUGUUGCUGGUGUGCCUCAUCUUUUGGCUGAUUUUCAGUAUCAUGGGGGUCAACCUCUUCGCCGGAAAGUAUUACUACUGUUUCAACCAGACGUCUGAGGAGAUGUUCUCCGACAAAGUGGUCAACAACAAGACCGAGUGCUUUGCCCUCAUCAAUGACAACUACACAGAGGUCAGGUGGAAGAAUGUCAAGAUCAACUUUGACAAUGUGGGGGCAGGCUACCUGGCCCUUCUGCAAGUGGCCACAUUCAAAGGAUGGAUGGACAUUAUGUACGCAGCGGUGGAUUCAAGACAGGUGGAAAGCCAGCCCAUCUAUGAAGACAACAUCUACAUGUACAUCUACUUUGUCAUCUUCAUCAUCUUUGGCUCCUUCUUCACCCUCAAUCUCUUCAUUGGUGUGAUCAUUGACAACUUCAACCAACAGAAGAAAAAGUUUGGAGGUCAGGAUAUCUUCAUGACAGAGGAACAGAAGAAGUACUACAACGCUAUGAAAAAGCUGGGAUCGAAAAAGCCACAAAAACCUAUUCCUCGGCCGCAGAACAAGAUCCAGGGCAUGGUGUUUGACUUUGUGACACAGCAGGUGUUCGACAUCUCCAUCAUGAUCCUCAUCUGCCUUAACAUGGUCACCAUGAUGGUGGAGACAGACGACCAAUCGGACGAAACAGAGUUAGUCCUGUACUGGGUCAACUUUAUCUUCAUCGUGGUCUUCACCACAGAGUUUGUGCUGAAGCUCUUUGCCCUGCGCCAUUACUACUUCACCAACGGGUGGAACAUAUUCGACGUAGUGGUGGUCAUCCUGUCUAUUGUUGGUAUGUUCCUGGCGGAGAUCAUCGAGAAGUAUUUUGUUUCACCAACUCUGUUCAGGGUCAUCAGGUUGGCUCGAAUCGGCCGCAUCCUCCGUCUAAUCAAAGGAGCCAAGGGGAUUCGAACUUUACUUUUCGCCCUGAUGAUGUCCUUGCCCGCCCUGUUCAACAUCGGCCUCCUGCUCUUCCUGGUCAUGUUCAUCUUCUCCAUCUUUGGCAUGUCUAACUUUGGCUACGUGAAACACGGGGCCGGCAUAGACGACCUGUACAACUUUGAGACGUUCGGCAACAGCAUGAUCUGCCUGUUCAUGAUCACCACCUCGGGGGGCUGGGACGGCCUCCUGCUGCCCAUCCUCAACUACCCCCCGGACUGCGACCUCACCCUGGAGAACCCGGGCACGUCGGUGAAGGGGGACUGCGGCAACCCCUCGGUGGGCAUCUUCUUCUUCGUCAUGUACAUCAUCAUCUCCUUCCUGAUCGUGGUCAACAUGUACAUCGCCAUCAUCCUGGAGAACUUCAGCGUGGCCACCGAGGAGAGCGCCGACCCGCUGAGCGAGGACGACUUCGAGACCUUCUACGAGAUCUGGGAGAAGUUCGACCCCACCGCCUCGCAGUUCAUCACCUUCACCAAGCUGGGGGACUUUGCGGACGCGCUGGAGCACCCGCUGCGCGUGCCCAAGCCCAACACCAUCGAGCUGAUCGCCAUGGACCUGCCCAUGGUGAGCGGCGACCGCAUCCACUGCCUGGACAUCCUGUUCGCCUUCACCAAGCGCGUGCUGGGCGACAGCGGCGAGCUGGACAUGCUGCGUCAGCAGAUGGAGGAGCGAUUCGUGGCGGCCAACCCGUCCAAGGUGUCCUACGAGCCCAUCACCACCACCAUGCGGCGGAGGCAGGAGGACGUGUCGGCCAGGAUUAUCCAGAAAGCCUUCCGCUCUCACCUCAUCCGGCGGGGCAUCAUCUUCAAGAGGUUCCCCUUCGGCAUCAACAGGCUGGAGAACGGCGGGAACAACCAGGAGAAGAAGGAGAGCACCCCCUCCACGGCCUCGCUGCCGUCCUACGACAGCGUGACCAAACCCGACAAGGAGAAGCCGGAGGAGAACGAGGACAAUGCGGGGCGGAAGGAGAAGGACAAAAACCAAAAAGACGAGCGGGAAUCCAAGUGUUAGGGGUUCAUCGGCGGCCCUGAAUCCUAGAAACAAACAGAGGAACAGAUGAAACUCUGAGCCCAAACCCCGUGAAGAUUGAAAAAAUGUUUGAAUUUACAAUUAAAGAUCAAUAAAUUAAAAAAAAAACAACACAAAAAAUGUUUACAGACUUGCCGACACUGACGCAGAUUCCGACGUCAGUGGCAAACGAACCAAACCCAAUCCGUCUACCAUGGAACUCUGCUGCAUAGGGACCAUGACAUGAGGAGCAAGCGAAACAGAUAAGGACUUUAAGUGUGCCAGCCAAUGGCACACUCUCAUCACUCAAACACUCAAACACACACACACACACACACACACACACACACACACACACGCACACACUUCUUUGGGGACCAACUACCAAGGGACAGAAAUCUCUGCUACAUCCCUGCCACCACCACGUGUGGACUCCACCUCCCCUCCCCCCAGCAGCUAAGAUCUGCCAUUAUAGAAUCUGUUCCGGAAGAUUCCAUAAGAACUGUGUUAACAGUCUGCGUUCCUUUCGCUAAGUUUACGUCCUUUGUCAAUGAAGCGUGAAAAAGAAAAUGGUUGAAGAAAGUGUUGAUGAAAGGAACCACAGGGGAAAGUAGUGGGAGAGCCAGAGCAAGUUAACCAACCCUCACCAUUUUGGUUUGUUUGUGCUGAGGCUUCUGGCAUCUUUACAUUGUUUCAGCAGCAAAAAAAAAUUACAUUCAGCCCAUGUCACAAGUCUUUCCAUCCCCUCUUUGUUAUACUGACAUCGAAGAAGACAUUUUCUACAUGGGCUUUCACACUGAGCGGGUAGGGGGGUCAUGGUCAAUUUUGACUUGGGUUGAAGAGGAUUCGAUUGAACAGAGUAGCGGAUAACUAGUUAUUGUGCUCGUUCAAUGCCUCGAAAUGACUUGCAUGAAGGCAUGUUUUGAUCAGGAAUCAUGCAUGAGUAAUCAUAGUCUGAAAGACACUUAAUAUUCCCAGAACACUGCCGUGGCUUUGCGGAUACGUUGGAGACGGACACUGACUGGGAAGUAUCAAUGGCCGAUAGUGAUGAUGGAUUAGAUGAAGUUUAUACCAGAACAUAAGUAUAUCGAGAUAGAAUAUUGGGAGGUGAGAGAGAAAGAGGUUUGAGGUGUGAUCGGGAUGGCUAACCGAUGUACGGGACGUAAGGAAGCACGAAUACAAAGUUGUUAGGUUUCAUUUUUUGCUGCUCUUUAUUUCUGACAUUAGAUGCACUUAGAAAGCAUUCGGGGCUGCAUAUCUUCGCUUUGAGGAUGUACAGAGCUUUGGGUGGCCAUCUAAGCCGAUCCAUACCAAAUCCAGGUUUUACUUACUUUACUUCUCCGCGUUCAACGGUCAUUUGCUUGACUUGUUACUAUGGCAAUAAGCUGGUGAUGUCAAAAGCAAUGCCUCAUGCCAACCCAUGUUUGGCAUUAGUGAGGGUAUGCUGUGUCCGUGUUGAUUAGUUUGGUAACCCUCUGAUGGUUUCUAGACAGGGAAAGGAUUAUGUUAGAGAGGUGGGGGAGGUGUUUGUCUGUGUGUGUGUGUGUGUGUGUGUGUGUGUGUGUGUGUGUGUGUGUGUGUGUGUGUGUGUGUGUGUGUGUGUGUGUGUGUGUGUGUGUGUGUGUGUGUGUGCCUGUGCAGACAAACAUUAGGGGUGAGGGGGUUAUUAAAAAAAAGGAUCUCUAGGUAGAUGCAGAAGAUAUAUGUUACUAAACUCUUUCUUGAAACUACCUGUUGUUGGUGUCAGUUCGCUGUUUGGAUUUGGCUUUGAGUCACAUGUUAACAAGACACUUUGAGCAAGAGAUUAAAAGGUUUGAUGGAGUCCCUACUCUGACGUUUAGCUUACAUAGCAGAGUGGGAGAGAUCCCAAGGAAAGCCCUUGUUAUGAAACGACGGUUUGGUAGACAGACGAGUGAAGGGACGCCGUGUUCUGUCGCCGCUACAGCAGAGGAAGCCCUGAUUGAUAUGUGCGGUAUCACGUCGAGGUAAACAGAGGAUCAAUAUUUCAGCACCAAGGGUUGAUAAGAAAGAUAGAGAGCCCCGCGCCCCAGCGUUUCAGACUGCCAAGUGAACAGAGAGCAAGGGAGGAAAGGCUCAGGGGCCCCGAGUCAGGAACCGGCUUGGUCUGAGUGAGUGCUGAAAGUCCCAUGUGUGUCAGUGUAUCAUUGUGCUAUUGUGGGACCUCUUUAACACUGUGUGUGGUGUUGGACCCAGGCUCGCACCAUUUUAUUUUCUUCUUCUUUACUUUGUUUUUUGUUUUUUUAACUCCAUGCACUCGCUGACUUUCUCCACCGACAUCGCUCACUUCUGUUCCCGAAUCUGCACUCAGCGUCAGAUGAGGAAUACUCCAGGGGUCAACAGCAGCAGUGCUCAAUGUUGACGCAAUACCGUCAAAAGCACCACUCGCGACUCUUUUUCAUAUAAAGGAAAAAAAACACAGAAAAACACAAAGCCGAUCGGCAUCCAGUCAUAGGUGAUACUCAACUGCCUCCUUAUAAGGUGUAUACCUAGCCAAUGUUUGGUCUUUUUUUUGACUGUUUUUGGUUUGGGUGGGUUUUUUUCUACACAGGAGUGAUGGUCCUAUUACAAACGGCUGAGCUGGACAUAAAAAUCCAAGACAGCCAAAGUCGCACCACUGACUGCCCUUUGGUGUGUUUAACACUGCCUGUACCAGAACCCCCUGUCUGUGAUAGUAAUAAGGAUAAGGAUUAGGAUUAUGCUGUCUAAGGUUCGUUUACAAUAGGAGCUCUCCAAAAUCAGUUUGGCUGACACACCCUGAAACCAAAUACAUUCCCGAAACAGAAACAGGAGGAGCGAAAUAUCUCCACUAUCUUAACUUCUAACUCACGUUCAUCUUGGAUGUAUUGUUUUAGAGUGAUACGUUCAUAGAUACACACAGAAAAAUAAAUUUUAAAAAACAUGCAAAAAAAGAACUAUAUGUACAGUGCAGGCUAUGAUGUAAAUGGCACAAUCGCUGAAAAGAAUGAACUUUUUGAGAGAAAACUAUAAAUACUGUACUAUAUUCUUUUAUUUUAUCGGCAUGCUUUGUUGUGUUUUUUUGUAAAUAUGGAAUUUUAAAAAGCUACUACUAAUAAUCAAAAAAAUGAAUAACAACAAUAAUAUAGAAUGGCUUCCGACUAUGCCCUUUGUCACAUUUGUUACCUUUUGGAUUUUUUGAGACACUUUUCACUUUGUUGACGGAAAUUGAAUGAUAUAUAGAUAUUAUAUAAAACAAAAAGAUAUAUACAUGUAUACAUAUAUGUCUAUAUGUAUAUACUUUCAACAGAAGAACACUGUCACAUUUUAAUUUGUGUGCAACACGUUCAAUAGCUGUCUAACACCGGUUGGUUUGGCAACCCUUCUAUGUCGGAGAACUGAUCAUGUGCGAUGUUCCUGGAGCUGCCUGCUAUGGAUUGUAGCCCGAUCGUGACUGAUGUGUUACCACAUUUCUCACUUACUGUCAUCUCUCCCUCUCUCUCUCUCUCUCUCUCUCUCUCUCUCUCUCUCUCUCUCUCUCUCCCUCUCCCUCUCCCUCUCUCUCUCACCUGCACCGAAUAUAUACACACACAGCACCAGUCUAGGAUACGAGACUAUACCCUUCUCUUUUCCUUCCCUUACAACCUUUCCUAAGCUUAUCACUACCAAGAGGAGGUCAGUUGGUGUUGCUGACGCAUCGGAAUUACACGGUCCCUAGCCUGGGGGCCAAUCGUGUACACUGCCAUACAGAAACACACACACAAACACACACACACACACACACACACACACACACACACACACACACACACACACACACACACACACACACACACACACACACACACACACACACACACACACACACACACACACACACACACACACACACACACACACACACAGUUCACGAUGCAUAUGUAACAAACUUCUUGCUUCUCUUUCACGCUGUUCUUUUUAUUUGUUUUUUCAUUUUUUUUGUGUUGUAUUCACUCAAUGGCAUGUGCCUUUUUCUGCUUUUUCUGCAAAAUUUGGACGACGAUGCCACGUUUCUGAAGAAGAAAUUAAAGACUGUUUACAAACUGGAAGGUGUGUGGGGAAGCGGAAGGGGGUUAGUGGCAGUUGACAGGUUGCAAGAUGGAGAAGAACAUUCCACGAGGAGUCAGAAAAUGUACGUAAGGAUCAGCGAGCCUCACUCCACUUCAUCAUGACGUUCAACAGUGUUUGUCGUGAACAGAAGAAAAAACAACCGAAUCAAAACAAGAUGUACUGUUCUUUGUGCUAUGCGUGUCACCCACUUCGCUUGUGAAAAAGCAGCUUGCCUUCUAUAUUUAUGUUCUUUACAUCUGAAAUUUUAUUUUUGUAUUAAUACAUGAUUAUAGGAUUAAUUUUUUCUUUUCUUUUUUUUAGCAUGGUUUAUUAUGUGCUUUUUUUUGUUCAUACUUUUCACCUUGCUGAAGAUUUUCGAGAAAAAGUGCUUUCAAUCUAUUGUUAUCAUUUGACACCGAGAUAAAAGAGGAUAUACAGUACAAUAUGAUGGUGUGUUGCACAACCACUUGGACUCUUAGUAAGAACUUAUGAAAGAUUGUCUUCAUUUGAGCACGAACCUUUUUAUUACCAAUAAAGCAGCCUUCCAGUUACAA